AUGCAUAAAGAGCUCAUCCUAGACGAAGAAAUGAACACUAUCGAUGUGUUCUCAAUAUACUCUGUCUUUGAUCGGCGGCACGUAGAGGAGUGGGUUAUCCAGCUGAGGAAGACUGUACAAGCAACAGUUUCUACAUCCCAAGCUGCUGGAGAGACUACCACAGACAAAGUCGACAACGGUGAGGACCAGUCGGAUGAGAAGGCAUCGAUAUUCAGAGACAAAGACAUAAAACUUCUUGACCGUUGGAGCAAAGCGACCACUGUCAGACGUCGGACUUUAGCUUAUUGGCGAAGACACGCCCGGAAGUUGGCUAAGCAGGAUCCCGAAGCGGCGCCUCAAGAAAUUCGAGUUCCAGCAUUUUUACCUCCUAUGAUCCUGCGAACGACGGCGCCGGAUUCAAUUGCGGUUCCGAGCUCCAAGGGUGUUACAAUGCUUUCUGAAACGGAAGCCACCCGAAUUCCAACGCAGAUAGAUGUGACCGACACUUCGUCCACUACUUCAUACUCGACGUAUUAUAGUGAAGAAGGCGAAACUACUGAUCUGCCGAAGCCCCCUAAGUUAGCAAGUAGGGAUUCGGAGUUCAUAUGCCCAUACUGCCAUGUGCUUUGCCCUGAGCGAGACACGAGAGGCAGACAUUGGAGCUCAACUAAUAACAUCCGCAUGGAUCACAUCAUGCAAGAUCUUCAACCCUACCAAUGCACCUACUCAGACUGUAGAAGUGCCGAAGACUUGUUCACAACGGGGGACUCGUGGAUCGGCCACGAGUCUCAGGUUCAUCGUAGGAUCUGGAGGUGUUCUGAGCAUCCAGAUCUGUUCAUGACAAAGGACGAAUUAGCACGGCAUUUUGAACUCUCACAUACCGCCCUAGGAAAUACCCAGGUCCAGGAAAUCUUGAAACACGCCCAUACUGGCACACAAGACUUGAGAACGGAGUGUCCUUUUUGUAUGUCACAUGGCCCAUUUGAAGAGGAUCUUACUAGCUAUAUGGCAUCUCACAUGGAACGACUCGCUUUGUUUUCGAUACCACAAGAGACAGGAAACGACGAAGAUGAUGAUCAAUCAAGGAAAAGCGGCUCAAAAGUCGCUCAAGGUGGAGGGUCUGUAGGAUCUCUCAACUCAGUCAAUCUAACCUUCUCAGAUGCAGGCUCUUUGCCCCCAUUUGACUCUGAACAUGGGAUAAUAGGCGUCCAGGCCAGCGGAAGUUUGGGGUCCAAGCUAGAGAAGGAUGAUGUACCAAAGCUAGACGCACACAGCGAAGUUUGGGACUGGCUGGCUCCAGAAGACCACACGGUGAAGUUCGAAUUCUAUCUCGGCAAGCGGCCCCCAGGCACCCUCAGUUGGUUUUCCGAAUCGGUGGAUUAUGAAAUCUCGGUCUCUCCUAAGGGAGGAAUGAUUUAUCUCCCGGGUCUUCCAGGUGCUGGCAAGUCGGUUCUAGCAGCCGCGAUUAUCGAUCAUCUAACAGAGCGAUUCAAUCCGCCUGAAGCUCGCGUCGCUUAUUACUUCUGCCCCUCCCAACGUCAGAACCGGACAACUGAGACGAUGCUUCGAAGUCUCAUAAGACAAAUGCUUCAAGGCGUGUCCGAAUUACCAAGGCUUCUUCAAGCCAUUCGCCAGAGCUAUCUACAAGAUGGAAAAUUACCUUCAUUAUGGGCUCUGCUGGACGCUUUCGUGGAAGCUGCGGGUAAAGUUUCGAGACUAUUCAUCAUGAUCGACGGCUACGACAUUUUGAGAAGUGAUCAAAGCCAAAAGCUAGUAGAACACCUGGAGUUUUUAUCAAAAAGGUCUGGACUCGUUAUCCAGGAUAGCGACGGCUAUCUCAGAAUUUUUUACCCUACAGCAUAUGGAUAUUUCAUCGACAACCAAUCGGAAUGGUUUCCAAAGGUAGCAGAAGAUCAGGCAUACUUUUGUUGUGAAUACCUGACAAGGUUCACAAACACCGUCGAAGACGUACAUUCAGGCUUCCAGCAUGAUUUAACGAAGUAUCCCUUCAUUUCCCAUGCUGCCAUAGCCUGGGGGCGUCACGCUUUCCAAGCAUUCGAACAAGAAAAAAAGUUGAGGGAAAGCACAUCAUUCAGAGUGGUCAAAAAAUUCUUUUCGGAUAGCCGAAGAGUCCAGUCUGCCACCGAGAUGAUGGGAAUGUCCAACAUCUUCAUUAGGAACAGAGUGCCAGACAAGAGUUUCUUCCCAUUCUGGACGAGCCUUCAUCUGGCGACGUAUUUUGGGCUCACAGAGAUUGUGAGGGACUUGAUAUCGGAAUAUGAAGCUUCGGGGAAUGUGGCUUUAACACAACGAAUUUCGCUGUUUGAACUGGCUGCGGAGUGUGGCCACAGAUCGACUCUGAGCCUCUUACUGGAGAGCUGGAGUGUGGGGCCGCGUACUAUGGACGACGUUCUGCUUGGAGCAGCUCGACCAGGCUUCCAAGACAUUGCCGAAAUGGCUUUGAUUCAUGGUGCAGAUCCCAGAAAGCCACCGCCGCUAUGCGCUGCAUCUAAAUAUGGUCAAGACCGUAUUGUUCGUCUGCUACUGGAUGCGGCGCCAGAUUUGGUCGAAUCGGGGCAUGAAGAGCCAUUAUACCUCGCCAUUAGAAGUGGGCACUUGAGUGCUGUUCGCUCAUUCUUUGAUCGAGUGGCUUCUAAGCAUGCAAACUCCAAAAAGUUGUUCUACGAAGCGAUCAAGGCGAAGAACAUUGCCAUGAUGAAGCUUCUGGUGGAGUAUGGAGCAGAUCUUAAUGAAAAGAGCCAAGAUAGGUUGACACCGGAGGAUAUGACGUCUCAAGGUCGCCAGCACAAACUGUGAGCUGCCAAGGCAGAAUGGGAAGAGAGAAGGACGGGCAGACAAGAUGCUCUCGCAGGAGACUAAGGCGAUGGAGAGUGGUUUGCAAUUUUGACAUGUGUCGCCAAACUAGUCUGUAACAAUAUUUUCUUUGUGUGCCUAGGAAAACUCAAUGGUGA